AUGAUCUUCAAGUCGUACUCCCAGGCAGCACUGGUCUGCAUUGUAUCCAUCAGCACCAUCAGCCAUGCUAUUUUACCUUUUUGGCAGAGCUAUCAACGCUUAAUCCAAUCUCAAGAGCCCCUUGAAGAACCCGGCUGCGAUGGAUCAGGUAUAGUCGACCCAGGUGGCCGAUGCAAUGGUGAUGGGGUCAUUGAUAACCCUCCAGACCCUAAAAGGGAAGGGUUUCGAUUCGACAAUCCUUCGACUGACUGCAAAUACGUCUCGCAGAUGUAUAUAUACGAUGUAUUCAAGGUUCUUGAGAAAGACAUGGGAAAGCUUUUUACGUACGUCCACAAGGAUGUUGACUUCCAUGUCAUGGGCCACCACCCGGUGGCGGGUCAUUACCAUGAUCUGCUUCAUUUCUAUGUCAAUGCGCUUCGGCGAGUUUCUGAAUGUUUUUCAGAGCAUGCGGAGAAGUUCGAAGUUCACCCACAGGCGAUUCACGGCGGCUGCAACAGCCAGUGGUCUGUCCAGGAGAUUCAGUUCAAAGGUUUACUGAAUACAGGCGAUAACUUCGAAGUGGUCAAUGUCUGGGUGACCAGAUGGUAUCAAGGCCAAAUGGUGGAGGCUCGAACAUAUAUUGAUCAAGGCUCGGUCACCGAUGCGCUGCGUAGAAAUGAACUUUGGACAAAUGGCACCUCAUAUCGGGAGAAUCCACAAUACAUGCCUGGUCCUUCUGGUAUGCCUGAUUUAGAGGAAUUGAAGAAGCUCAUGCAGUACCCAGAUGGGCGGAGGAAGCGAUCCAGAGUCGCCUGCACUUCCUGUCAAUCCCGCAAACGCAAAUGCUCGGGCGACCAGCCAUGUACAACAUGCGCGCAGUUCGGCGUUGAUUGCCACUACGACCUACUAUCACGGAAGAAGAAAGAUAUUCGGCACUUCCAGUCACAGUCUAUGACAAGCUCGUUGCUGAGUCCUGCCACGGUCCAGAACGAUAUUACUGCGAAAAGACAGCAGCAUGAUCAGCAAACGAACCCAGCUGCCUUGGCUGGACUCCUACUAAAAGCUUUAGAAGCGAAUUCAGGCGCCGCAUUCGCACGCCGCCUCAAUCCCAAAAAUGAUGUGACAGGCGCUCCGAAAUUACAUCUUUUUGGCUGGAAUGUUGGGGCCCGUUACCCAACUCCUGAAUGGGCGCAGGCCCUGUCAGCCGUGAAGCCACUGCCAGUGGUGGAAAUCGUUGCCCAAGAUGAAAUGCGAUCGCUGGCUGGCAUCUUCUUUGAUAGGGUAGAUCCGUGUUAUCCAUUCAUCGAUCGGGAUACUCUUCUCCGCCAAAUAAGCAGGCGAUGGCUACCCGCAACAUCUGAGGCUUUGGGCUUUGGGCCUUACGAUGCUGUGCUUUGCGGCGUGGCCGCUUUUGGGUACCUCUUUUCUCGUCGGCGGGCUACUCUAACGGAACUGCAGCUUAUAGAGUCUGCUCGGUCAAUACUUGAACAGGGCUUGCAGUCCGAACCGCUUUCCCCUGUUGAUACAGUGACUGGUUGGGUGUUGCGCGUCGCGUAUCUCCGUAUGACAACUACCGCGCACGCAGCCUGGAUGGCCAGCUGUUCCCUGAUGCACCUCAUUGAAGCAACGGGAAUGCACAUCGAGCCAUCAUCAAAUACAGCUCUUGAUCGAACGUCGACAACUGAAUCCUGCAAUCCAGAGACCCGCCGGCGACUUUUCGCCAUGGCACGUCAUUUAAAUGUCUGGAUCUCCUUUGAGCUUGGUCGCUCUCGCGUUGUCCUGCAAGGUGCAACCUCUCUUCCUCCUAGUCCACGGCCUACAACAGACGGCUUUGCAACUGCCUUAACGACAGAUAUUUUUAACCUCCUUCCUAUAUCCGAAAGCCUUGAUCCAAAUGAGGCACAAGAUGUCUCAAACCUUGAAAUUGCUCUCGUCGAUGUUCUUGACGUCGUCUACAUCCAGCCCCAUCUUAUUCUCGUGCAAUGCAACUUAAUGCUCUGCAUAUACCGCCGCCUGCGAGCCCUCAACUCCUUCCUAUCUGGCGAUAUUUUAGAUCGCGUGCUCGCACUUUCCGGUAAGGGACUCAAAGCAGUUUCAGAGUUAGUAUCUCAGAGCUGCCCCUGGCACCAAAUCGCGAAUGUGCCCUUCCAAGUUGUGUGUACCCUGCUGGCAAUCGAUAACCGUGCCGCAUUGGCGAUGCUGCGCGAGUCCAUGCGAACACUUCACGAGGUCGCGUCUGCAUAUGAUACAGAAGUUAUGCGCGAAGCUUAUACAACGGCUUACCUGAUGACUGUGAUGCAUCAGCGCCGAAAGGAAGAGGAUAUCCGGACAAUUAGAGACGUCCUGCAGUUCAACCCAUCGGUAUCGGUUCCCGCUGAGACGCCGGUCACCGAGCCUACGGUGCAAUCAGAUCACACGCUUAUGGAUUACCCGGGCUUUUCCUGGCUGAGUGAUAUCCUAGUUGAUAUACCCAGUCUUCGGGACUUUGACAUGGGUCCGCUUUGA